CAGCCGGCUCCAACCCUGGGCACCGCCUCUGAAUUGGGCGGGCGAGAAGAGAGCCGAGGCGGAGCUGAUGGCUGCACUGAGGGCGGGGCGGGGUGCUGGCUGGACCCUUCGGGGAUGGCGGGCUUUGGGGGGGAUCUGCUGGGGGAAGGGCCCCCUGCUGACCCCUGACCCCCGGGCCCUGCUGACGUCAGGAGCUCCUGACCCUCGGGCCCGGGUGACUUGUGAGACCCCUAGUGUCCGGGCUCGGGUGUCUGUGGGGAUCCCUGGAUCACGGGCAUGUCUGGUGUCUGCGAGCCCCGAUCCUCGGGUACGACUGGCUGCGGAGACCCCGGGGUCUGGGGCCCAGCAGGCCCCUGGGUCCUCUGGAGCCGGUCGGCUCGCGUGGCUGGCGGCGGCGCUGGGCGCUGGGGCAGCGGUGCUGCUGCUGUUCUGGGGCGGGGGGCGGGGUCCCCCGGAGGUGGUCGCUGUGGUCCCGGCUCCGCCGCCCACCUCUCCCCGGAGCCAGUACAACUUCAUCGCAGACGUAGUGGAGAAGACAGCACCUGCUGUGGUUUAUAUCGAGAUACUGGACCGACACCCCUUCUCUGGCCGUGAAGUCCCUAUCUCCAACGGGUCAGGAUUCGUGGUGGCUUCCGAUGGGCUCAUCGUUACCAACGCCCACGUGGUGGCUGAUAGGCGCCGAGUCCGAGUGAGGCUGCCUAGCGGAGACACGUACGAGGCCGUGGUCACAGCUGUGGAUCCUGUGGCUGACAUUGCCACGCUGAGGAUUCAAACCAAGGAGCCUCUCCCCACACUGCCGCUCGGUCGCUCAGCGGAUGUCCGGCAAGGGGAGUUUGUUGUUGCCAUGGGGAGUCCCUUUGCACUCCAGAACACAAUCACAUCAGGCAUUGUCAGUUCUGCUCAGCGGCCAGCUAGAGACCUAGGACUUCCCCAAACCAAUGUGGAAUACAUUCAGACUGAUGCAGCUAUUGAUUUUGGAAACUCUGGAGGUCCCUUGGUUAACCUGGAUGGGGAGGUGAUUGGAGUGAACACCAUGAAGGUCACAGCUGGAAUCUCCUUUGCCAUCCCUUCUGAUCGCCUUAGGGAGUUUCUACAUCGUGGGGAAAAGAAAAAUUCCUGGUUUGGAAUUAGUGGGUCCCAGCGCCGCUACAUUGGGGUGAUGAUGCUGACUCUUACUCCUAGCAUCCUUGCUGAACUACAGCUUCGAGAGCCAAGCUUUCCUGAUGUUCAGCACGGUGUGCUCAUCCAUAAAGUCAUCCUGGGCUCCCCUGCACACAGGGCUGGUCUACGGCCUGGUGAUGUGAUCUUGGCCAUUGGGGAGCAGAUAGUACAAAAUGCUGAAGAUGUUUAUGAAGCUGUUCGAACCCAAUCCCAGCUGGCAGUGAGGAUCCGGCGGGGAUCAGAAACGUUGACAUUAUAUGUGACCCCUGAGGUCACAGAAUGACUGCACUAGCAAGACUAUGAGGUUCCUGUUCUGAUUUCAUCCUUGCCUUCCUAGCCUGGGUUCUGAGGUCACCUGGGCAGAGGAAUCAGUGAACCAGUGGGGGGCAGGUCCCUCCAACCACCAGCACCAAUCCUAGGUUCUGAAGAACACUUUUUAUAUAAAAUAAAAUUAUACCUUGCAA